AUGAUCGCAAGUACUUGCUACGCGAUGAAAAUGACGUACCAAAGUCCAAUUGUUAUACAUAAACAGAAGAGCAGCAACAGUGCCGUAACCGUGCGGCGCAGGACCCAUAGCGGAUAUCUAUCUUCUGCGCCUUCGCCCAUGGCGACUGUGGCGCAAGAAGUGGUCAGCAGACCAAAACCCAUACAAAUGGAAGUCGAUAAGUUCGACGGCAAAGAAGGUGACAACCUUAUGGUUUGGUUCCGACAGGUUGAGUCGGCUAUGUUUAUAGCCGACAUCACCUAUGAACCGUACCGUGUGGGCUUUGCCACGGGCAAGUUAGGUGGCUUAGCCAAACAGUGGGCAUUAACAUGUUGUGCAUCACUGCAAGAUGCUUUUCCCACAUGA